GUUCACAAUCAACGUGUAUCAUACGGUUCUUAACGUUAAUAUUACGUUAGAAAAUUCAUAUAAACAAAACCCCAUGAUGUGAGAAACCCAAAUCAUAGAAGUUGAAGGAUGUCUUCUUUCGCCUCUUUCAUCUUCCUUUUCGUUUUGUUCUUCCUCUCUAUCAUCAGAGCUUCUGUUCAGGAUCUUACGCUCUUACACUAUGUUUGUCCAAGUACGGCAACGUAUACAAGGAACAGCACUUACUACAACAAUCUCACAACUCUUUUGUCUUUCUUCUCUUCCCGCAACGCUUCAUACUCCACAGGAUUCCAAAACGCCACAGUUGGUCAAGAACCCGACAUGGUCACCGGACUUUUCCUUUGCGGAGGCGUCUCGCCGGAAAGUUGUCGUGACUGCGUCGUCUUUGCCGUCAACCAAUCCUUAAAUCGGUGUCCGAAUCAGAGACAGGCCGUGCUAUAUUACGAUGAGUGUAUGCUCAGAUACUCUCAUCGGAAUAUUCUCUCGACCCUGCGGACGAUAGACGGAUACACCUUAUCCAGCCUCAUUAAUAUUCCAACAAACCAACAAGAGAGUUUCCGAGGAUUGGUUUUAUCCAUGAUGAACCAAGCCGCAAGGGAAGCCGCGGCUAGUUCCAGAAAAUUGGGUGCGAUAAAAGCCAACUUCAAUGCGUCUCAGACAUUGUACGGACUUGUUCACUGCACCCCUGAUCUGACUGCACAAGACUGUUCGCUUUGUUUGAAAACGUCCAUCAGUCAAUUACCCACUGAAAGAAUCGGGGCAAGAGUUCUUUUGCCGAGCUGUAAUUCAAGAUAUGAGUUAUACCCAUUUUACAACGAAUCCGUCAUUAGCAGUAGCACACUUCGAUCACCACCACCGACGCCUCCUGCCCGAGAUGGUCAGAGCUCUCUGUCUACUUCCUAUGCUUUUUCAUGUUCGAAGCCCAAA